AUUAAUAUUUUUCUUGUAAUCAGAAAGACAGAAAAUGGCAAUUCUUCACUACAUGGACACCAUUUUAGUCCCAUUUAGCUUCUUCAUUACAUUUGGUUACCAUUCUUAUCUUUGGUACAAAUUCAAGACCAAACCAUCUUGCACCACAAUCGGCAUCGAGUCCAUCAAGAGAAAACAUUGGCUGAAAGACAUGAAGCAGGGAGACGAUAAGCAAGGUACGCUAGCGGUACAAAGUUUAAGAAAUACAUUGAUGAGCUCUAUACUAGUUGCUAUGGUCACUUCCAUCCUAACACUAGCAUUGGCUGCUUUGAUAAACAACACAUAUAGUGCAAAAGAUCUCUUUAGUAACUCAUUUUUCGGGUUACACACUACUAAAAUCCUUUUCCUAAAAUACGGGUCAGCGUUCCUCUUCUUGUUAACUAGCUUUCUUUGUAGCUCUAUGGCUGUUGCAACCUUGAUCGAUGCAAAUUACUUGAUUUAUGCAUUGGGAGCUGAGCCAGAGGCCGAAGGGGUGACAUCACCAUCGCCUUCAUCAUCACGUAAAUAUACAAGGGAUAUACUCGAAAGAGGGUUUGUUUUAGCUAUUUUUGGGAAUCGAAUGCUUUGCAUCACUUUUCCCGUGUUGUUUUGGUUGUUUAGUCCGGUGGUGUUCGUUAUUGCUUCCAUCGCAUUAGUUUGGGGGCUCUAUGUGCUUGAUUUUGUUAAUGUCGUUGGUUGCUACUGAUCGAUUAGUACAAGAUCGAGCUCAUUAACAAAAUGAAUAUAUAUUGUAUGAAUGAUUUGCAUAUAUGUAUAUAUGUUUUGCAUAAACGUA